GCGCGGGGCCGGGCGCGCGGGAGACCCGCAGCCAGCGCCGCCGCCGCGGAGACAGGAGAGCGAGAGCGGCCCCUGCUGCCGCCGCGUCUGAACCCCGCGCCCCCGCUUCGCUGCAGCGGCCUAGGCGGAGUGGGAGGGAUUCCCCCGCCGGGCGGUGCCCGCCUCAGUUAGGUUCCCUGUGGAAACCAACGGGGGGGAUUGGGGCCCGCGAGCCGCUGCUGGGGCUCCGACGCCGGGCAGCCCGCGGUGCCCCCAGGGUUUUAUAUUGCCACCCCCUCAUCAUGAUAGCUGAGCACCUUCUAUGAACAUUUCAUAGCAGUAAUUAAGUCCUUGGUGAACUUCAUGAAGUCUCUCAGGAUUAAAACUCUGCUUGGGGGAAGAUGGGACUCAUCCAAGUUUCCUGAGUAAUAAGAAUGGGUCCAGAUGUACCUCUCCUGAAUGAUUACAAACAGGAGUUCUUCUUGAAGCGCUUUCCACAGACUGUUUUGGGUGGUCCCCGAUUUAAAUUGGGCUAUUGUGCGCCUCCUUACAUAUAUGUGAAUCAGAUCAUUCUUUUCCUGACACCAUGGGUUUUGGGAGGAGUAGGAACACUUUUGUAUCAGUUAGACAUUAUGAAAGACUAUUACACUGCAGCACUUUCAGGAGGACUGAUGCUUGUUACAGCACUUAUCCUCCAGAUGACAAAUCUGUAUGCAAGACAGAAAACAGUGACAGUAGAAAGAAUGCAAAUCCAGAAUACCCUAAGGGAUGAAGAUGAGUAUGAAUUUUCCAGCUGUGUGGGUUCAGAGACAGUUAAAUUUAUUAUUCCAGGAAAGAAAUAUAUAGUCAACACUGUUUUUCAUUCCUUUCUUGCUGGGGUAAUGUGUGGGUUGGGAACUUGGUAUUUGCUGCCAAACAGAAUAACCUUGCUGUAUAGUAACAUUGGAGGAACUAUUGUGAUCUUUGUGUUUGGAUGGGUAACUAUUUGUAUAGGAGAAUAUUCUUUAAUCAUAAACACAGCUACAGAGACAGCUACUUUUCAAGCACUGGAUACUUAUGAAAUUACUGCUCUGAUGAGACCGUUCUAUAUUUUUGUCUUUAUUGCAGUGGAUCUUGCACACAGGUUUACUGUUAACAUACCAGUUUUAGAACAGACAAACCAGAUUUUGCACAUCAUAUUUCUGUUUUUGCCAUUUUUAUGGGCAUUGGGGAUUCUGCCCCCACUUGAUGCACUUUUUCUAUGGGGAAUGGAACAAGUGUUGGAGUUUGGCCUAGGAGGUUCACCCAUGUCAAGUAAUACAAGGUUGUUAGUAAUGUUUCUCAUUUCUGCUGGAACAGCUAUAGCGUCAUAUUUCAUUCCUAGCACUGUUGGUGUAGUCCUCUUCAUGACUGGAUUUGGGUUCAUACUCAGUCUUAACCUAAGUGAGAUUGGUCUAGCCUUCAAGCACACCAUGAUCAGCCAUUUAGCUUCCAACAAGUCUAAGUCCAGUGGUCUUAGGAUACACUUUGUGUGGAGGGAAUUCUUUUUCUAUUUGACUGUCUUGACAUUGGCUCUCAUAGAAGCCAGCUUGCUGCAUCACUUUGCUGGUUUUUCAGCAUUUUCCAAAGCCAGUCCCCAGGCUAUAGUGAGUUACAUUCUGAUCAUAUUACUUAUAGUUAUGUGGAUUCUUAGAGAGAUUCAGGGAGUGUACUUGUUUGGAAUCUUCCGAAACCCUUUUUAUCCAAAGGAUGUCAGGACUGUGACGGUGUUCAUGGAGACGCAAAGAAGGCUUAUGAAAAUUGGUGUUGUCAGAAGGAUUUUACUAACACUAGUGUCUCCAUUUGCUAUGAUAGCAUUUCUUUCAUUAGACAGUUCCCUACAAAGUCUUCAUUCAGUAUCUAUUUGCAUUGGAUUCACAAGAACCUUUAGAAUGGCUGGUGUCAUUCGGGAUCGAUUACUUCAGUUGAUCUCAAAACUGCAGUUUGCUGUAGCUGUUCUCGUGACAUCAUGGACAGAGAAAAAGCAACGUCGGAAAUCUACUGCCACCUUAAUAACACUCAACAUUGUUUUCUUCCCAAUUGUAUUGGCCUUCAUAGCUGUCUGUGCACUACUUUCUUCCCCCAUGCUGCCGCUCUUCACUCUACCAAUAUUUUUGAUUGGGUUUCCUAGACCUAUCCGAAGCUGGCCUGGACCUGUGGGUGCAACAGCCUGCAUCUGUUCAGAUACCAUGUACUACCAGCAGGUGGUUCCAAGUUUGGCCGCUGCACUGCAGUCUGCACUAGCAUCUGGUAGUCUAGGUCUGUCUUUACCUGGAUCACACUACUUGUGCCGUUUUCAGGACAGACUGAUAUGGAUAUUAGUACUAGAAAGAGGCUUCACAUACUGCUGUGUUAAUAUUAAGGGGCUAGAAUUGCAGGAAACUUCCUGCCACACUGCUGAAGCACACAGAGUGGAUGAAGUUUUUGAAAUGGCCUUUGAACACCAGGAGCAUGCAGAGACUUUCUCUCUCAAUCAUCAUUUUGGAAAUAUUUUAACUCCUUGUACUGCUCUACCUGUGAGACUGUAUUCUGAUGCCAGGAAUGUCUUGUCUGGAAUAAUUGAUUCACAUGAGAACUUAAAGCAACUGAAAGAUGAUUUCCUUAAAGUGCUUGUAUGGAUACUUGUCCAGUAUUGCUAUAAAAAAUCAAAAAUGUGCGAGAAGCUGGACAAAACAACCAAGAACAAAGAAGGGUCAUUUCCAUUAACCCAGCCCAAAGCAUUUGACAGUGCAGUAGAAAAACCCAGGCCCAUAAAGGAUGAAGAUAGCUUUAGUGUAGAUACAAUUGCGGAUUGGACCGAUGAUAGUGAUCUUUUUGAUCUUGACCCCAGCAAAACAAGAGAAAGAAAAGAAACCAAGCCAUUGGAAGCUGCACCAAGAACACUUUUGUCUGUUCCAGGGUCAGUAGAAAUGGAGAGUGCAGUUGGUGCUCUGCAAGAGACAGCACCUGAAGAUAAACUCUACAAAGCUGUUGUGCUUGGACUCCCUGCUGUAGACAAAGGAAAGAAGCAGGAAGUUGUACGCUUACCUUUAGUUGAAUUUAGCUGCUCCUACUCUGAGUUGCUAAGCAUACCUGAAGAGUGGAGAACUGCACCCAUACCUACUUCCAAACUCAAUGAGAUGAGGCAGAGGUUUCCAGAAGACUGGUACCAUUUUGUUUUGAGUCAACUGGAUUUUUUUCAUUUGAAAGAAAAACCUUCCAAUUUACUUGAAGACAUUACUAAAGACAAAGCUUUGAAAGAGUUGUACGUCCAUGGUGUAUUGUCUUGUUGCUUUGGUUUGUUUGGACUAGACAGUACAGUUCCUGCUCCUAGUCAUGUAUUUAGAGCGUACACUGGUGGCAUUCCCUGGUGUGUUGGUUUGGAUUGGCUAACUGGAAAACCAGAGCUUUUCCAACUAGCACUGAAAGCAUUCAGAUAUACGUUUAAGCUCAUGGUUGACAAAGCAAGCCUGGGUCCAGUAGAGAACUUCAAAGAGCUGAUUAACUAUCUGGAAGAAUAUGAAAGUGACUGGUACAUUGGUUUAGUAUCAGAUAUUGAGUGGCAACAAGCAGUUUUACAGGAAAAGCCGUAUCUUUUUUCUUUGGGACAUGAUCCUAACAUGGGAGUUUACACUGGCAGAGUGCUUACCCUUCAGGAAUUGUUAGUGCAGGUUGGGAAGCUCAACAACGAAGCUGUCCGAGGUCAAUGGGCAAAUCUUUCAUGGGAGCUGCUGUAUGCUACCAAUGAUGAUGAAGAACGCUACAGUAUACAAGCUCACCCAGUCCUUCUGAGAAACCUUACUGUUCAAGCAGCAGACCCACCGCUUGGCUACCCUGUUUAUUCAUCUGCAUCUCUCCAUGUGCCUUUGUUGUAAGGUGUUUCUUUUUGUAUUUCCUAUCUGUAAGUAGGAAACCAAGCACUAAUGCUGCAUUUGUCUAACUAGAAAUAUGAAGAUCUCAUUGAGUGGCAUUGGAUGGCAGUUGCCAAACCAAGGAAACCUAAUUUGCACAGAAAGGGUGCUAGCUGGAGGCAAGAACUUUAGAACCUGUUUUUUCACUGCUGGAACUACCCAAGCCCCUUUCCCUGUGUGGCUGCCACACAUGUCUUGAUCUCCACUUCAGAGAAGAGAGACUUAGCUCUGGCCACUAACUGUUGUUGGUGCUUUUUUUUUUUUAAAUAGCUUGACAGGUGACUUGCAUUCGUGGGCAGGUUACAGCUCAUUGUAGUAUAGUGAACUGUAGAAUUGGUAACCAAAGUGUACAUAUGAAUAUUUAUAUGAAAUUUUUAUUCUGAUCAUUUUAUAUAUUGAUGUAUUUUGAUUUUUUUAGAACUUGUUAUAAUGUAUAACUUCAAAUCAUUUUAUUUAAUGUGUAUUACCAGCUGCCCUUUCACAAAGGAAGCCUUGGAGUGUUUCUAUAGAAGUGCACACUAGCUAUUCCAGGCUUUCCCCUCCUCCAGUGUAAACAAACCAUUAUAGAGGCUGUAUGUAGGCAGGGGGGUACUUCAGGAUGCAGGUGGGCUCCCCCUUGCAGUCUUCCCGCAGCUCCCUCCCAAUUCCACCCCCAGCUUUUGCCCCGUGGAGGGCAACAGGGCACUGGACUUCAGCUGGACAAUCUAGGUGUGUAAAGCUAUUACACUUGAACUUGUUUGACUGCCAAAGCCCUUCAGCAGGGCAGUCAGACUCCUCCACUUUCCUAUGUACUAAUAGGAAGGAGAUCUUCUAGCAGGAGGUAGAGUCCUUGCUGACUUGGUGUCCAAGACAGCUGAGACAUUUAGAACUAUUGACCCUGACUACCUGAGCAGAACUCUACUAAAAAGAGAGAGGGCUCAGUUGGCAACUACUUCUCCCCUAUGUAGAGAGGGGAAGUGCCUUCCCCUAAACAAUGCAGGGCUAACGGGAAAGCCACAAGCCUGCUGCAUCCCCUCCCAUCCAGACUGAUUAGAUGUGUGCACAAGUUAUCCAGCCUCAGUGCUGCCCUUCUAGAGUAGCCCUCACAAGCAAUAAACACUCUUUUCCCCCUUCAUAGCUUGGUUGAUAUUGGUCCUGAAUGUCAGCCCAGGGUGCAACCAGCUUAUGGGGCAUGGGGCUUUCAGGCUCCAGGAAGGGAAGAAUCUGGGCUGGUGGGUGGGGUCUGUAAGGCGUGAGAAUGGUGGAAAUAGGAUCAAGUAGUUUAUGAUUCGUAGCUACCCUCCAAAUACAGGGUAAACUCAUGGCAGCAGAAAGAUCACGAUAGGGUUCCUGUCCUCCUACCAUUGUUUUUAUAAACCUAAAGAAUGAAUUUAUAGAAGGCCCUGCAACAGUAAAGCAGAUAUGUUUAGAGACAUGCUUUUAUUCAAAAAUGUUCUUACAAUCACAUUAAGUUGCAUUUGUCAGGUUACAUGAUAGCAAAAAAGUAAGGAAUUAAAAAAUAAAGGCCUUAACUUGCAAAGAUUAACAGAGGACAGAACACGCCUCCUGCUACAGCUACUACUCUGCUUUAGUGGGGUUUUGUGCAGGUUUCUCUUCAAGCUUUCUUCUUUUGAGAGUAGGAGAUAUCAGCAUCCUGUAAUAAUGAGAACACAACACAUUUUAAGCAAUGUUUUCCUCCAUUUUCUAUUCAUUUAGAUUUGGAAAUCCUUCACACAAGAUGGAGUUAAAAAAAAAAUCCCAUUCUACUUGUAUUUGUAUUGUCAGCAUCUGAUCCCAUAGUGUUGUGCAGGAGGACAGCUUUAAGUGUGCACAUGAAACUUUUGCUGCUUGAUUUUAGAGUGCUUAACCUUUUGCAUAAUAUAGGUUUUUCUACCUAAAAUGAGGCUUUUGUCUCAGACACAGCUUUAAGUAUGUGACAUAAGCAAUACUUGCAAGGAAGUGAGAGAUUCUCAGCCUGUCUGAAUUCCAAAUCUAUUGCUCAAGUCACUUUAAAUAUUAUAGUAGUGACAGAGCAUAGUGCAGGCCAGGUCUAUAGCAGCUGCUCAGUAUCCAGCUCUGAACCUACAUUUGUGCACUGCAGACUAGAUAUAUUUGAGGUGAAAUGUUUUGUCAUAAGCUUACUCAUGUCACUGUUCUGCUUGAACAGCAAUAACCCGUGGGGCUGUAUAUGCUUGUGUAGUGUCCAAAUGUGGUACCAAGCAGGGAGGAAGAUGAACAGCAGACCCAGAAUGCAGCCUACAUUGAGAGCUAAAGUCUCUACUAAGAGAUGAAAGGAUCUACAGAAACACCCUGUUAGGUAUGGCUUACCACUCCACUCUUGAAGUUUUGUAUUCUUAUUUUGCCCAUCUUGUUCAUAAGCCACCAUGCCCAGGUGGGUGCAUAUUGCCAAAGGUAGCAGACUGCUAGAUAUGGGUGAUCACUGAUCCAAGCUUCUUUCAGAUCAUUUACCAUGCUGACCAAUGUAAGCCGAACGCAGCGAUCAGUUGGCAUUUUGUGGGACUGAUCACCGGUGUUAUCUAGGGACUGGGAAAAAAAGAGGAAUGACAAAAUGCUACAGAACUUUUGCCUGGAGAAAAAUUUACUUCAUUCCCCCAUCUUUGGCUUUCCUGUGUACCCAUCAUCAGAGCAUUUAGAGCAUACAUAAUUCAAAACAAAAUGUCUUCCCCAAUGCCAUUCUCCCUCCUUCCCUCAUUUAUGCUGCAUCCUUAAGGGGGAGUUAUACUUUGUUUUUAAAUGGAUCACAGCUCAUUGCAUAUGUAUCCCUAAUAAUAAAACACAGGUCUCUUGUGGCUUCUGGCAAAGUAGGCUGGC